AUGGCGGCCACCACCGGGUGCCAUGGGUCUCUGUGCUUCUGUCCCUGCAGACCUGCCUUUUGGCUGGGCAAUGCCACCCUGAAGGUGCCCCUGGCGCUCUUCGCGCUGAACCGGCAGCGCCUGUGCGAGCGUCUGCGGAAGAACACGGCCGUGCAGGCGGGCGCCGUGGUGCUGCUGCAGGGCGGGGAUGAGACCCAGCGCUACUGUACCGACACGGGUGUCCUCUUCCGGCAGGAGUCCUUCUUCCACUGGGCCUUUGGGGUCACCGAGCCGGGCUGCUAUGGCACCAUUGACGUUGGCACCGGGAAGUCCACCCUGUUUGUGCCCAAGCUUCCGGCCAGCCACGCCACCUGGAUGGGCAAGAUCCACUCCAGGGAACACUUCAAGGAGAAGUACGCCGUAGACGACGUGCAGUACGCAGAUGAGAUUGCCACGGUCCUGACAUCCCGCAAACCAUCUGUCCUCCUCACCUUGCGUGGCGUCAACACCGACAGCGGCAGCGUGUGCAAGGAAGCUUCCUUCGAGGGCAUCAGCAAGUUCAAUGUCAACAAUACCAUUCUGCAUCCAGAGAUCGUGGAGUGCCGGGUCUUCAAGACGGACAUGGAGCUGGAGGUUCUGCGCUACACCAAUAAGAUCUCCAGCGAGGCCCACCGGGAGGUAAUGAAGGCCGUGAAGGUGGGGAUGAAGGAGUAUGAGAUGGAAAGCCUCUUCGAGCAUUACUGCUACUCCCGGGGCGGCAUGCGCCACAGUUCCUACACAUGCAUCUGCGGCAGCGGUGAGAACUCGGCAGUGCUGCAUUACGGGCAUGCCGGCGCUCCCAACGACAGGACCAUCCGGGACGGAGACAUGUGCCUCUUCGACAUGGGCGGGGAAUACUACUGCUUCGCUUCCGACAUCACCUGCUCCUUCCCCGCCAACGGCAAGUUCACCGAAGACCAGAAGGCCGUGUACGAGGCUGUGCUGCGGAGCUGCCGCGCGGUCAUGAGCUCGAUGAAGCCGGGCGUCUGGUGGCCUGACAUGCAUCGCCUGGCCGACCGCAUCCACCUGGAGGAGCUGACCCGCAUCGGCGUUCUCACCGGCAGCGUAGACGCCAUGGUGCAGGCCCACCUGGGAGCUGUGUUCAUGCCCCACGGGCUUGGCCACUUCCUGGGCAUCGACGUGCACGACGUGGGCGGCUACCCCGAGGGCGUGGAGCGCAUUAACGAGCCAGGUCUGCGGAGCCUGCGCACGGCGCGGCGCCUGGAGGCGGGCAUGGUGCUCACGGUGGAGCCCGGCAUCUACUUCAUCGACCACCUCCUGGACGAGGCCCUGGCUGACCCGGCCCGCGCCUGCUUCUUCAACCGGGAUGUCCUGCAGCGUUUCCGGGGCUUCGGCGGGGUCCGGAUCGAGGAGGACGUGGCGGUGACGGCCACUGGCUCGGAGCUGCUGACAUGCGUGCCCCGCACGGUGGAGGAGAUUGAGGCUUGCAUGGCCGGCCGCGACAAGACCCAGUAGGGCUGCCGCUGCAGUGCCCAGCGCCAGGAGCCCGCCCGGGGCCACGGCCCUCCCCAAGGGCAGCCGCUGAUGGGCGUCCCCGGAGGCCACGGUGCUCGGGAGGGCAGACCAGAGGGCGCGGCGCCUGCCCUUCCUCUGUGCUUGCUUCGCGUUGACUGACAAACCACCUUCCAAAAUGCUCCUUGACUAGCUGCAAUGUGUCUCUGAUCAUUUAUAAUCUCAGGCUCAAGGAAGGUGCCUUCCCAGUAAAUUCUCUCAAAAAACUCUUUUUUCUCAAUCCAUCCACAGAGUGGAAUUUGCAAUAAAAUUUUCUGAUGAUGAUGCA